CCAGGACCGAUCCCAAUCCUCACACGUCCUGAUCUGAGCCCUCCAGGCCAAGAACUCUAACAGUGUCACAACACAGAAUCCCAAAGAUGAACAAGGAAACCACAGGGGUAUCUGAGAACAGCCACCACCUGAAGGUUUUCCUGCCCAAGAAGCUGGUGGAUUGCGUGCCCAAGUGCCCGGCUCUGCCCACAGAGCGGCUGCAAUGGAACACCAACGAGGAGAUCGCCUCCUACUUGAUCACCUUCGAGAAGCAUGAAGAAUGGCUCUCCUGUUCCCCCAAGACCAGACCUCAGAAUGGAUCCAUCAUCUUAUACAACCGCAAGAAGGUGAAAUAUCGCAAGGACGGCUAUUGCUGGAAGAAGCGCAAGGACGGGAAGACCACUCGCGAGGACCACAUGAAGCUGAAAGUGAAAGGUGUCGAGUGUCUCUACGGCUGCUACGUCCAUUCGGCCAUCGUCCCAACAUUCCACCGGCGCUGCUACUGGCUGCUGCAGAAUCCGGACAUAGUGCUGGUUCACUACCUGAACGUCCCGGCCAUCGAGGACUGCGGGAAGAUCUGUGGCCCCGUCCUGUGCUCCAUCAACAGUGACCGCAAGGAGUGGCUGAAGUGGUCGAAGGAAGAGCUGGUCGGGCAGCUGAAACCCAUGUUCCACGGCAUCAAGUGGACCUGCAGCAACGGGAACGGCACUGCGGAGUUCUCCAUUGAGCAGCUGGUCCAGCAGAUCCUAGAGAGCCACCAGUCCAAGCCCCCGCCCCGGACCCACGCCUGCCUCUGCAGCAGUGGCCUUGGGAGUCCUGGUCACCUCCCGCACAAAUGCAGCAGCACGAAGCACCGGAUCAUCUCCCCAAAGGUGGAGGUCCGCCCAUGUCCUUAUCCUGCUCUGACAGAGGUCCAGAACAUCGCUGGCAGCGCCGAGACGAAAGCCGAACCUGAACCGGCCAAGCCAUCCGGAUCAGACAAAGAUUCGAAGCUGGCCAAGGCCGUUCUGCCCAGCCUUGCCAACACCUGUCCUGAAUCCGCGCAGCACUCGCCCAGCUUGGCGCAACCCAAUGGCUUCCCCAAGCAGGAGCUGCCGUCCGUCACGCUCUCGAUGGGAGCGGGGCGCUGCCCCCCCCCUCUGGGGCUAGCCCUCUUGCCCGGACCUGGCCUGGUCCUGUCCCAGAACCUGGAAGCCACCAUGGAGACGAAUGAAAUGGGCACCGAGACCUUUGACCCUGACUGUUUCCUGAACAGCCCCAAGCAGGGGCAGACCUAUGGGGGCGGGGCGGGCCUCCAAGCCAAGCCGGAGCCCUCAGAGACUUCCGCCCCACCAACUUACUCUCUGUUCAUGUCCACAAACCGCUUCUUUAUCCAAGAUGAUGGAGCCAGACAAGGGCCAAUCCCACCUUCGCCCCCAGCCGCUGAGGGGACGGAGGAGGCAAAGAACAACCCCGAGACCCCCAUGGAGACCGCAGGAGAAGGGGGCUUGACGGCCGAGAGGGUGCUGGGCGAGAGCGAGGGCCAAGCUGAGGAAGCGACCGGGAUGGCAGCCACAGAGCUCCAAGAAGAGCUGUACUCCAUCAUCCAGACGGCAGCUGCUGCGGCGGCAGGCAGCUCCUUCAGCCUCUCCUUCGACAGCCACUUCCCAGACCUCAUGAGCGAGCUGAUGACCGAGGAGUCUGGCCCCGGGAGCGUGCCCACCCCACGAGGCUCCCCCCGGCCUCUGGUGUCCAUCACAGACUUCUCGCCUGAGUGGUCCUACCCAGAGGGUGGGGUCAAGAUGCUCAUCACCGGCCCUUGGGCGGAUGAGGCGGAGCCCUACACCUGCCUCUUUGACCAGAUUUCGGUCCCUGCCUCUCUCAUCCAGUCUGGGGUGCUGAGAUGCUACUGCCCAGCCCACGAGGCGGGCUUGGUGCCCCUGCAAGUUGCUUGCGAUUCCCGGUUGGUCUCCAUGUCGGUUUUCUUCGAGUACCGAGCCCGGAACUUCAUGGCGCUGCCCAGCACCCAGCUGGAUUGGCUCUCCCUGGAUGAUAACCAGUUCAGAAUGUCCAUCCUGGAGCGUCUGGAGCAGAUGGAGAGGCGGGUUGCUGAGAUGACGGCUGCUGCAGCCACCCAGCCGCGGGGGGAGAAGCCGCCCAGCCAGGCUGCUUCUGACUCCUUUGAGGACCGCAUCGUGGCUCUGUGUGAGAAGAUGAUGUCUCGGUCCUGCUGGCUCCGCUCAGAGACGCUGGUCCACCACGUCAGCUUCCGGGGAAUGACCCUGCUGCACUUGGCUGCGGCGCAAGGCUACACCCGCCUCAUUGAGACCCUCAUCAAGUGGCGGAACACCAAUGCUCAGAGCCUGGAUUUGGAGCAAGAGGUUGACCCCCUCAACGUGGACCAUUUCUCCUGCACCCCCCUGAUGUGGGCCUGUGCCCUUGGCCACCUGGACGCUGCCCGGCUCCUCUUCCACUGGGACAGCCGGGCCCUUUCCAUUCCGGACUCUCUGGGCCGCCUCCCGCUCACCGUGGCUCGCUCCCGUGGCCACGUCAAGUUGGCCACUUGCCUGGAGGAGCUGCAGCGGCAGGAGGAGGGGCCCUCUGAGCAGCCAGCCCUGCGCAUCCCCUCCCCGCUCUCAGCCAGUCCAGACACAGGGCUCAGCACCGCCAGCGGCGUCUCAUCCCCUUCCGAACUCUCCGAGGGUUCAGUCUCCAUCACCUCGGCCUACUCCAGUGGGUCGGCACUGCGAGAGUCGCCUGCCUACAGCCCCGAAGCCGAGGGAGCCAUGGACAUCUGCCAGGGCCCCCCCCGCCCCUGGGAAUGUUGCCGGCUGGUGGGAGGCCCCGAAGCAGACCUGGAGCCAGAGUUGCUGAGCUAUGGGGAAAAUGCAGAAAAUGAGGACUACCUGCCCACUACGGAUGUCCUGCAGGUGGACAUGAUCACCCUGGCCAAGCAGAUCAUCGAGGCAACUCCAGAACGCAUCAAGCAGGAGAACUUCAGCUCCGCCGAGGCCCCGCUCCGAGAGCGGCCGGGGGAACUGGGCCUGAGCGAGACCAUGUCCUGGCUGGCCGGCUACCUGGAGAACGUGGACCAGCAUCCCCACGUCUCCCCACGCAGCGCCUGCCCCCCGCCCCCCACCGUGGCCAGCUGGGCUGAGUUCCUCAACGCCUCUGCCAACGGGAAGAUGGAGAGCGAAUUUGCAUUGCUGACGCUCUCCGACCACGAGCAGCGUGAGCUUUACGAGGCUGCCAAGAUCAUCCAGACCGCCUUCCGCAAGUACAAGGGUCGCCGGCUGAAGGAGCAGCAAGAGGUGGCUGCUGCAGUCAUCCAGAGGUGCUACCGCAAAUAUAAACAGCUAACCUGGAUUGCGCUGAAGUACGCCCUCUACAAGAAGAUGACGCAGGCGGCCAUCUUGAUCCAGAGCAAGUUCCGCAGCUACUACGAGCAGAAGAAGUUCCAGCAGAGCCGGCGCGCCGCGGUUCUGAUCCAGCAGUACUACCGCAGCUACAAGGAGUAUGAGAAGCUGAAGCAGGGACACCGGGCCUCGGCUGCCAUGCAGCAGAAGAUCAA